UUCGGAAACUCUUUCAUGACCACUCACACACCAUCAACAUCUAAGAGAAAUACAGGUUGAUGCUGCUAAAACAGAAGGAGAAUGGCAGCAAACAUGGAUGUUCUUUAAAAAUCGAGUUUGAAAAUUGAUUUGUAUUUUGUUAUUCUUUGCUUUUUUUAAAUGGAUUAUAUUGAUGAUGUCCAGGAACAACAGGUUCCUGCUGUACUGGAGGAUCGAAGGCCUUGUGCUUGCUACAAUACAUCUCAGUAGAAGUUUACUGAAGGAACAAUAAGUGAAAAAUGUUGAGAAAAUUCCGAAAAACAUCUUAGGACUCCCUUAUGUAGAACAGCUUUCUUCACCAUGUCACCACUGAUAUAUUUAUCACAACAUCCGGCUCUUUAAGAGGAGCACUGAAGGAGUGACAGAGGACCAGAGAUGUCUGACCUCAGCCAAGUUGCAGUUUACUCAGACUCUUCAGAUAUCUAUAAGAAUGUGUUCUGCAACCCUGCCUUUGAGCUGGAGGGGGAGCGGGAGGAGAGGGUGGAGGGAUUCAGGACAUCCUCGUCCACCCCUGAACCAAUCAAACCACCAGCUAGUCUACGCUUGGGUCUGCGGGGCCCAGGUUGUGGCUGGGGGGUGGUGGUGGUUUCUGCUGCAGCCCUGCUCCUGUUAACAGCCCUCGGACUGGCGCUGGCCCUCAUCAUCACACAGAUAAAGGGCCAGGCUGUGGAGGAUCAGUUGCUGCCCACCAGCCCUCCGGACCGGCUGAGUGCAGGAGAUGGAGGGUCCCAUGAUCUAUCCACAAUCUCUGCCAACAGAAGUCAACAGGAAAGUACAUCUGCCCCACAGCCCACUAGGAUCCCACAAUCUGAAACACGUUGUGGAGGGGUGUUGACUGACUCAGAGGGCAGUUUCAGUUCUCCAAACCAUCCUGGCUCCUAUCCGCCCAACUUGUUGUGUGUUUGGGUGAUCCGAGUCCCACCCCCCCACUUGGUCCAAAUCCAUGUUUCCUCUCUGACUGUAGAGGGGCCGUCUCCCUGUCUGUUUGACUGGCUCGAGGUGCAAGAGCAGAUAGAACAGAGCUCUGUGGUCACCAGGUUCUGUGGAAAUGUAGCACCACCGACAGUCAACACAAACAGCAGCACAGUGUGGGUCACUUUACGUUCUGAUGGCAGCAUCGGAGGCAACGGCUUCAGUGCACAGUACAGGGCCAUUCGGCCUGGACACAAGAGUUGCUCCAGAGAAGAGUUUUUGUGUGACAGUGGUCGCUGUCUGCUGCCUGUGUCUGUGUGUGAUGGUCAUCCACACUGCCAUGACCUAACAGAUGAGGCAAACUGCACCUAUAAACACAAAGACUGUGGUGGGCAGAAAACUGGGCCGUAUGGUUACCUGUCAAGUCCAAACCACCCCAGGCCUUAUCCCCACCAGCAGUUGUGCAUAUGGUAUAUAUCUGUUGAGGAGGGUCACGUCAUCACGCUGAGCUUCAGUAACUUCAGCCUGGAGACUCAAGAUGUCUGUGAGUUUGACUAUGUGGAGGUGCACGACAAUACUGGAGCUGGAAGGGUGCUGGGAAGGUUUUGUGGUACGGACUUCCCUCCAGACCUGACCUCCUCUGGUACCCACAUGACUGUUAUGUUUGUGGCUGAUGAGGGAGUGGCCGACAGCGGCUUCAACGCAACAUACAAGGCUGUGUCUGUCCUAGGCAGGACAUGUGGUCCCAGCCAGUUUGCUUGCAGUACUGGAGAGUGUAUUCAGCAGCAGUGGCUGUGUGAUGGAUGGAACGACUGCCCUGACGGAGCAGAUGAGCAGGGCUGUGGCAACUCCACCUACCCUCCUUUCACUUCAUCGUGUGAGCUUAUAGAGGUAGAGAUGUGUCAAGGCCUCAGAUACAACCUCACCUCAUUCCCAAACAUCUGGCUGUCUAUUGGUGAUCAGAGAGAAGCUGCCACACUCUUGCGACAGUACCGGGUACUGAUGGAACUGGCAUGCUUCGAGCCCUUGCAGAGGCUUUUGUGUGGAAUGUUUCUGCCCCAGUGCAGUCCUCAGGGUGGCAUCCUCCAGCCCUGCCGCUCUGUCUGCUCUUCUGCCGAGCAGCAAUGCAGCCAAGCCCUAGAUCUCUUCUCCUUCAGCUGGCCCUUCAACUGCCACCUCCUGCCUGACUCACAAGACCUCAUGGAGUGCUCUCUGCCUUGAUACUUCAUGAUCACCUCCCCUACAGACUACUUUUUCAAAUACCGUC